GGCAUCAGUUAUUUCGUGAAGUUCGAACGAACUGCUUACUUGAUCAUUAACCGAUACGUUAGUUUUUUGGCCAUUUUGGGUUUACAGACGUUUUCGUCGUCAUCUUCUUCGUCCUCCUUUUCCCGAGUAGUCGUCAUCUUGCUCUUUCUCACUGAUUUUUUAUUUUAUUUUUCUUUCUAAAUAUUCUGGUAUUUGUUUGCUGGAGGACCAUUCGCAGUGGCUGCUGCAGCAGAGCAGUACAAUCGCCAUUGGUGAUUGGGUGGACGGCUGGACGCUAUGAUGCUUCGCUUGUUGCUCGAGGGAGCUCAUGGAGAUAACUUAUGCCACCUCGAGUUCGAGUGACCUUACUGCCGCUGCUACUGAUAAUUAUUCUGUAGUCGCGAUGCCGAAUCGACCGGUGAAGGUCAUCCCUCUUCAACACCCCACAUCUUCGUCAUCAUUCUCAACGGCCCCUUCCGCUUCUAUUCCUCCUCUGCUCUCCAAAUGGCGCUCCAAGUUCCUGCGUUUGUCCUGUAUCGAUUGGCUUGACCUCCUCCUCCCCUGCUCCCGAUGGAUCCGUACUUACAGAUGGAGAGAGUACCUUCAGAUCGAUCUCAUGGCUGGCAUCACCGUUGGAGUCAUGCUCGUUCCUCAGUCAAUGUCUUAUGCAAGGUUAGCUGGACUUCAUCCAAUAUAUGGACUGUACUCUGGUUUAGUUCCCGUAUUUGUGUAUGCCAUCUUUGGGUCAUCUCGUCAGCUUGCAAUUGGUCCAGUCGCAUUGGUUUCUCUCCUGGUAUCUAAUGUGUUGGGUAGCAUUGUUGAUUCUACUGAUGAGUUGUACACGGAACUUGCAAUAUUGCUGGCACUUUUGGUUGGAAUAUUGGAAUGCAUUAUGGGGCUCUUGAGGCUUGGAUGGCUGAUUCGUUUCAUCAGUCACUCUGUGAUUUCUGGCUUUACAACUGCUUCAGCCAUUGUAAUUGCCUUAUCUCAAGCCAAAUACUUCUUGGGAUAUAGUAUUGUACGAAGCAGCAAAAUUGUGCCACUCAUUAAGAGUGUUAUUGCUGGAGCCAGUAAGUUUUCAUGGCCCCCCUUCGUAAUGGGGUCAAUCAUUCUUGCAAUUCUUCUGGUCAUGAAGCACUUGGGAAAAUCAAGGAAGCAUUUGCGAUUCCUACGAGCUACAGGUCCCCUUACAGCAGUUGUUCUUGGUACAACUUUUGUUAAAAUAUUCCAUCCAUCUUCCAUUUCUGUGGUAGGAGAAAUUCCACAAGGACUUCCAAAAUUUUCCAUUCCUAAAAAUUUUGGGUAUGCAAAGUCUUUAAUUCCAACAACUCUUCUUAUCACGGGUGUGGCUAUAUUGGAAUCUGUGGGGAUUGCUAAAGCAUUGGCAGCAAAGAAUGGAUAUGAGUUGGAUGCUAAUCAAGAGUUAUUUGGUCUUGGUGUAGCAAAUAUAUGUGGUUCUUUCUUCUCAGCAUACCCCACAACAGGCUCUUUUUCUAGAUCUGCUGUAAAUCAUGAAAGCGGAGCAAAAACUGGCUUGUCUGGAAUUGUUAUGGGAAUCAUAAUGGGAUGUGCUCUUCUGUUCAUGACACCAUUAUUCACAGAAAUACCUCAGUGUGCUCUGGCUGCCAUCGUGAUCUCUGCUGUAAUGGGUCUGGUGGAUUAUGGUGAAGCUAUGUUUUUGUGGCAUGUGGAUAAGAAAGACUUCCUUCUUUGGACCAUUACGUUCAUUAUGACAUUAUUCCUUGGAAUCGAGAUUGGUGUCCUUGUUGGGGUGGGUGUCUCCCUUGCAUUCGUCAUCCAUGAAUCAGCAAACCCGCAUAUUGCUAUCUUGGGGCGUCUUCCUGGAACCACUAUAUAUAGAAACAUCCAACAGUACCCCGAAGCAUAUACAUACAAUGGGAUUGUGAUUGUUCGGAUUGAUGCACCUAUUUACUUUGCAAAUAUAAGUUACAUAAAAGACAGGCUGCGGGAGUAUGAAAUCAAUACACAUGGAACUAGGAAACGUGGACCAGAAGUUGAAAGAGUCUAUUUUGUGAUUAUAGAGUUGUCACCUGUUACAUAUAUAGAUUCUAGUGCUGUUCAAGCUCUAAAGGACUUGCAUCAGGAGUACAAAUUACGGGACAUCCAGAUAGCAAUUGCCAACCCCAAUCGUGAUGUUCUUCUGACUCUAUCAAGAUCUGACUUAGUCCAAUUAAUUGGAAAGGAGUGGUGUUUUGUGAGAGUCCAUGAUGCUGUUCAGGUCUGCCUUCAACAUGUGGAGAACUUAAAAGAAACAACACCAAAGAUAGCAGACUUGUCACAACAAAAGAAACCAAGUUUCUUUCAGAGGUUAUGGAAACGACAAUCAGAAGAUGAACCUGGCCCUGAACUAGAGUCUGGUGGCCAGGACCCAAGAAUGUUAGAAGCAACAGAGGGGACAGUUGUUCAAACACCUGAUAUGCAAUCAAGCUUUUUCCAGAGGCUCUGGGAACAGCGAGGUGGGGAGACAAACCCUCAAUCAGAGCCGCUGUUGUCUCGGAAGUCUUGACUAUUGUUCAGUCAUCCAUGUCAUUGCUAUGUCGAGUUCCUUACUAUACCUGUGUCAAUGCCAAUGUUGAGUAGGUUUGACACCAGUGCUUGUAUUCUGUAUUUUUUUUCCUCAUUCAUUUGAAAUUUCAGUUAGAUAACAUUCUUAUAAUCAAUUUAUGUGGUUGUAAUGAAAUUAAUUAUUUGUAA